AUGAAAUUCGCAACAACCACACUCCUUUUUGCCCCUUUGCUCGUUGCUGCCCACAGUGCCCACGAGGAUCUGCGCUUGGCCCGCCACGCCAAGAUUGCUCGCCAAGCACCCACCCCUGCAUCUGCCCCGCCGCCGAGCCCACCAGCGACCACAACCCCGCCGGUAGUAGCACCCCCUCCACCCGCGGUGUCGCUCUUGUCGACGAACCCAACAGCCGUACCACUUACGCAGAUCGUCUCGGGACAACCGUCACCCGCUACCGUCCCACUUGCCACGACUUAUACUGCAGGCACUGUACCCUCCGGCUUGCCUGAGGCGCCUGGCCUACCCAGUCUCUCUUCAAUCGUUCCCUCCAACUACCCCCCGCUCGACAAGCUUCCACCUACUGACAGUCCUGAGGUCAAGGCAUGGAUCGCAGAAGUAGCUGCAUCUGGCAUCCAAAUUCCCAAUAUCCUGCCUACCCUCCCUGGUGGAUGCGGUGCGAACGCUCAGGCGGCUUCGAAUGCCACCAACUGCUGGUGGACCUGUGGAGGUUGCACGCGGGAUGAUGACAUUACCAGUUGCCCUGACAAGAUGACUUGGGGACUGACCUACGAUGAUGGACCCGCAUUCUACACCCCAAACCUACUCCAAUACCUCGCUGAACAAAAGAUCAAAUCGACGUUCUUCACCGUUGGCUCCCGCGUAAUAUCGGCCCCCGCAACACUUCAAGCUAUGCAUAUCGAAGGUCACCAAAUUUCAGCACACACGUGGGCCCAUCCCCCGCUGACGACGUUGACCAACGACGAGAUCAUUGCCGAGCUCGGUUGGUCAAGAAAGGCCAUCAAGGAUGUGUUAGGCGUGACUCCCAAUACGUUCAGGCCACCUUAUGGCGACAUCGACGACCGUGUCCGCGCUAUCGCCAAGGCCAUGGGAAUGGUUCCUGUCCUCUGGACGCGCAUCGGUCCUUACGCAACGUUUGAUACUGAUGACUUCAACAUCAAUGGAGGAAUUACCACUGUGCAACAAGUCUUGGUCAACUGGAAGAACAUUCUUGGAAACGCUACCACGAUGAAUACUGGUUUCAUCGUCCUUGAGCACGACCUAUUCCCCCAAGCUGUCGAGGCUGCCACAGGCUACAUCCUCCCUGAUGCCAUUGCGCACCAACCGCCGUUCAAGAUUGAGCCUGUCAUCACUUGCUUGAACAAGCCACUGAGAGACGCGUAUGUGGAGACGAACGACAACAAGACGAAUCCGCCGGUUGCUUCUGGAGGUGCCGUAGCGACCUUAUCGUCCGGCGCUCCCGGCUCAGCUCAAGUCACUGGCGCGGCGGAUACGGUGAAAGGUUCCAGUGGCACGAAUUCUGCCACUGGUGUCUUUACCCCCUUGGGUGUUAUUGCUGCCAUCACUGCAGUAACUGGUUUCUUCGUUCAAGUCGCUCUGUAA